CCAAUCUGAUUAAAAUAAGAUCUUUGAUCCGCUCCGUUAUUGUUAUGUCGCUACACAAAGAUCUGAAGACAUCCCGUGUGGGGUCACGUCGGUGUCAACUUUGGUUUGGCCAAUCAAAUCGUCACUGCUUACAUCUUUGGAUGUAAAAGUAAAUAACGGUAAGCCUCGAAAAGUUCCGAAUGUUUAAACUUCCGAAUGAAAAAAAAAACAUGGCAGCGCCAGUUGGAACACAUGGGAGUACUCGGACUACCCCACGAAAAGUCUAUCCUCUGGGGAACAUUUGCCUUAUCUGUGGGUUUUCAUUUGUGAGCAAAUCUGUUGACACUGAUGGCAACAUUAAAAUCAACAAAUACCUGGACAAAAAACUCCGACUUUCCACGGACCGAAUGAAAGUUUUGAAAGAUGUGUGCGGAAUUUCGGAUAGUGUGGUAUAUCCAACUGACACAGGUGUGUGUCAGAAGUGUUUCAGAAGUACCGAAAGAGUAUUAAAACUGGAAAAGGAAGCAGCAACUAUGAGGGAAUCUUUUAAAGCAUCUGUUCAACUCACACUGCAAAGGUUUAAUGUUUGUGUGCCUUCCCCCUCUAAAAGAUUCAUAGAAAAGAGAGAAAUAAGGAGCCCAUUUAAAGAAAAUACAGAUGUGAAGAGGGUUCGACCAGAUGAUCCACUGUUAGUACCUAUCAGAAGGGUAAUGCCCGUGAAGCUGGUACAACUCCAGCCUGCCAGCGCUAAUGUAAUUGUGAACAAAGCACGGCGCUCUCUUGGUGGGGACUUUUUGAAACAGGUAUAUGUGCAUUAUCCAAGUGGAAAAAAGACAGCCCUCAUAACUUCUGAACUUCACAAAAGUAUUUGCAAAACAAUAGUCGGCAGGAGCAAUGUUGAACAGACCAUUGUAAAUCACCUCUGUUCAUCUAACCCAGAAGUUGUUACAAAUGGAGUGUCAAGAGUAGUUAUGAAAGAAGCACAGACUCUUUGUAAGAGGGGGUCAGGAUCCAUUCUUCAGAGUAAAAACUUUAAAGACUUCUUCCAAUUUAAGUGGGAGCAAAUGAAAGAGGAACUGCGAAGGAGGUGCCCUACAAUUCUUACAUUACUAUCAGCAGUAGUUAGUGAUAAGGAGCUGUCCAGUGAAAGCAAGGGAUUCAUCCACAUUAUGGUAUCUGCCGCUAUUGCAUUGCAUGGAAGAAACCAGGAAAUGUCCUUUUUCCAGUACAUGACUGCACUUGUGUUAACUCAUGGUGGAUGCAUUCAAAGGGACAUUGAACGACUAUCAAACAUUGGAUUGAGUGUCCAUCCCAAGACCAUCCACAGGAAGUUAGAAUCCUGGAAAGAAUUGAUAGAUGUGAAAGUCAAAGAAUUACGUGAUUCAUGGGCUGAUAGUGGGAAUGUGAAAUACCAAUUAGUGGGGGACAAUUGGGACAAGAAUAUAUUACCAUCAUACAGGACAUCAGACCGAGGAACCCUGUCACUCCAUCUCUUCAAUGUUAUUGCGGUUCAAGAUAGAGUCCCACCUUUACCGGAGCUUCCUAAAGAGGAAAGAGAGAUGACACAAGCUUGUGAAUUUCUACCAUCCAUUGCUGAUCAAAAACAACUGAUGAAAGAAUUGACAUUCUUAUUUGCAACCUCCAUCAUUGAGCAUAAUCCUCAGCUGCAUAGAGUGUUUAACACUAUUUAUCCAAAGCAUUUGGAUCAUCCUUACAGUCAUUACUCUGGACUUAAGACAUUCCAAUAUCCACUUGGAUUAUAUGACUGUAAUGAAAACAAGACCCAAGAACUCAUUGCUCUUUUGAAGAAGCUAUCCAAUGACUUCAUACCACAAAAGAAUGGGGAAAUUGUUGAGCCUGUGUUUUUUGGGGGAGACAGACUAACUGACGAAAGAGUCCAAUCAGCUCAAAAUGCAAUGAAGAAUGCUGCAACACCAAAAGAGAAAUUGGAAGGGUUUAUUUCCAAAAUAGAAGAUUUUCAUAGAUUGAUGAAUUUCUUAGAGGCCAUAGCCAAGAUGACUUUCAGCACAGAUAGUGGACAAGAUGCUGGGACUCUCUAUUACUACAGGAAUCUGCUGAAUCAUAGAGGUGUGAAGGGUGAAGUUAAGAACUCAUAUCGCCCAUAUAAGCUCCUGUGCUACACCGUGUUUGAUGCUAUUUGUCAGCUCUUUCUCCUUCAUCAUUUUGACAUGACGGAUGUUGAUUCUAACCUCCCAUUUCCAGAGGAAUUCCAGGAAUUGUCAGACAAUGCUAAAGUAGAAUGGUUAAACUUGGUGUGCAGUGAAAUCUUGCAGACAUGGUUCUUUGAAAAUGAGAAUGACAUUUGUAAAGAAUUAAGGGAUGUGUUAGAUGAUCCACAGCACUCAGAGAACUACUGGCUUUCGAGAAUGCUUGAAAAUGAACGUUUGAAGUGUCACUUUUGUGAAGCGACCUAUGCAUGUGUUGGCUCACUCCAAUCCCAUGAACAAAAGAAGCAUGAUGUUCAAAUCCCUCCAAAACAGUCAAAAUUGAAAGAGAAGAAAAGAGAUCAGCUCCAGGAUUACUUGGUAAUGGUAUUCAAGCUUGUCAUUCUUCACAAAAACUUGGACACAGCUGUAGAUAUGGGAGAUGGAGAGCGGGCAGUCAGGUCAGCUAAGUAUGAACUGCCUCUAUAUAACAAGACGAACAAAGUCAAAUACCUGAUAGGAUCUGUUCAGCUCACAGCCUUAACAUCAAAUAGUGGUGUACUCCCAGAAGAUCAAAGACAACGGCUAGUUGCAAACAGAUUUGUCAAUAUUCAAGGUGGACAAAAUAACAACAUUGCCCUUGAUGAAUACCUUGAAAUGGUGAACCGUGACAGCAAAGUAGCUUGUACUGGCAAUCAGACGAAGGAUAGCAUCAUUCUCCAUUCUAAGGAAUACCCACAUUUAGUCAAUUUUGUAAAACAUCUCGAUGAAAUUGCAAAUGUUCGUCAAAAGAAGGGCUUUCAUCAUCUACCUUCGUACCAGAGUGAUGUGAAAAAAGUUUUACAGGAUUUAAUGCAAAAUGAUAUUCUUGUGUAUGACCCAAAUAGGAAACUUCACUGCAAAAAAUUUGUCAUUGAUAGAAAUCCAUUCGACAACGCAUUUACCAAACUUCCAAUUAUGAUUCAUAGGCACAAACCAACUUUGCCAUUUUGUCGACUCCGGAAUUUGCACAUUUGAUUUUGCCAGCUUUUCUACGCAGAAACUACAAGGGCGUGCAUGUCAUAAAUAUCUGCAUAAUAUCGAAGUUUUAAGAAUUUCAAGCAAGUUUAUGUCUUGAUACUUGGCCUUAUAUACAUUGUAUAUGUUACUCUCAUUGUGUAGUAUUGUGCCAAAACAAGUCAAAAAAUAGGACCCUGGUUUGUAAGGUCUUACAUUGAAAUUGAUAUUGAAUUUGAUGACUGACUUGAUCUUGAGGCAGAUGUUCAAAAACCAUUUUCUUUCACCAUCCAUUUGACAGUAAUAAACAUGUACAAUUCUUGCAUGUCUUGAGCUUGAAUAAAACAAAUACAUACAGUGACA